CUAUAUCUCCACAGGAUCUCAAUAACCCUCAAACUGUCCAUCUCGCAGACUAUCAGAGCUCGGAAAACAGAGAAAUCAAGUAUACCCGAAAAAGCCAAAGCUGAUUUCAAGAAGAUAUGGCAAUGGCUGGGCGUCUUAGAUCGGGUCUUCCUCUUGUUAACAAGAUUUUGACAUCCGAUUCUCUAUCUGCUUCUCGAUCGGCCGUUCAACGCUCCGUUUUAUGCCCUGCUUUUACAUCUGAGACUUCAAAAAAUUAUGCCACUUCUUCAGGGCAAGAGAAGAAGGUGAAGGUGCCGCUUGCUUUGUUUGGAGGAGCUGGAAACUAUGCCUCUGCAUUGUACCUUGCAGCCAAAAAGUCUAAUGUACUGGACAAGGUUGAGGCUGAAGUUCUUGAUGUUGUGGAGGCUAUAAAGAGAAGUCCUACGUUUACUCAGUUCACAAAGGACUUGUCAGUGCCUGCCGACACAAGAGUCAAGGCCAUUAAUGAUAUUUCUGAUCAAGCUAAAUUUUCAGAUAUCACAAAGAACUUUUUGGUUUUGCUGGCUGAGAAUGGAAGGUUAAAGAACAUAGACAGCAUAGCCAAGAAAUUUGUGGAGUUGACCAUGGCAGACAGGGGAGAGGUUAAAGCUAUAGUCACAACAGUCAUUCCCUUGGGUGGAGAAGAGGAGGAAGAAUUGAAGGAAACACUGCAAGAGAUAAUUGGACAAGGGAAGAAAGUUAAGCUGGAAAAGAAGAUUGAUCCAAGUAUUUUGGGGGGGCUUUUGGUAGAGUUUGAUAUGAAGGUCUUUGACUUGUCCAUUAGGACUAGAGCGAAGGAGAUGGAGAGGUUGCUGCGCGAGCCUAUAAACUUUGACACCAUCUAAAAGGUGUCACCUCUUGAAGAUACCUUUGGAUCAACUUUGAUAAAUUCCCUAGGAAUGAAAAGUACUCUUUAGAGUUAUUACUUGGUUUUCCUCUUGUACCCUUCCUUUUCAUAUGAUGGGAAAGCAUCUGUUCGCAAAUAAAAAAUUUGUUCAGGGCAACCGCUAACAGGCCACAUUCUUGUUUUUCAUUUUGUUGGUUCUGAGAUGUUUUGGAGGUCAUAAUUUGUUAAAAUAUCACAUUUCCCGCACAUGAAUAGAGUUUAUGCUGAUUUUUGUGAUC